CAGCGUCCUCCAUCCUCCGGUUGUUUAUGUUGUUCUUCUUUGUUUCCGUUGAACGCCGCGCACAAAUGACGUCGCUGUCGACCGGCUUACGUCACUUCCUAGUGCCCACUGUCGGUGCGAAUGCAACCCUUUAAACCGUACUGGGAAAUAGUCCGCGCAAAAUCGCCCAGUACUUUAGUCCUGUAAAUGUAGUUCUGGAGCUAAAGCGGUGCGAAAGGCCCUGUUGAGGCUGAUGGACUACCAGGUCUGGCACCACUCCUGUCAGCCAAGAAAAGAAAUAAUUCUCCUCUAGCCCCUCUUAUCUCUCUCAUUUGUUUGUUUACUUACUUAUUUGAAGGAUAGACUCAUAUACUAUUUGCCUUAUUAUUUUGCGACAAGAGGCUUCAAUAUUGUAUACAACCGCAUAGAAAUAGUGAAUACAUCAUCGGGGGGUGGGGUCCGUAGUUUAGGUCACUGAAUGAUGCCUGUGUAAAACAACCGCUAAAUUGUACACUUAUUUAUUUAUCAAAUUGCAAUGAGUACGUAUAAUUUAAAUUUCAAUUUAAAUGUGUACAUGUGUUUUUACUUUAAAGCUGCGCUUCUUAAUGUCUACAAUUUAUUUCCUAUGAUAACCAGCAGGCAUUACAUUAGACACCACACUCGUCGGGGGCUUUUUGCACGUUGCCUCACCGGUGAAGCAGCCGAUGACUGACCUUAGGAUUUUCUGAUGAACAUCAUGGCUUAGUCUAGUGUUGUGUGUCACAAUGAAAGCUUCGUACCUUUGGUUUACAGUUUACAUAGUCGGUCAGUGGAGAUGAGAGCCAUCCUGGUGUUUUAAUCAUGUCUGUUCACCGCUGUGUGUAUUUACUGACGCGCACACACUUGCAGCGCAGGGCCUGUGUGAUCACAUGCAGCUCUGCUGGACAUGUGUGUGUACCUGAGAGAGCUGUGCUAAGCGCUUCAUCUACGCGGAGAUGUGCAUCUUCAGGCAGCUCAGGGAGACCCCUGGACACCUCUCUGUUCGUCCCGCUCGCGGUGAAAGGCGACAGCGCGGCAGACGGAGCGGUGGGAGCGGAAUUAACGCGGCCACUUGACAAGGGUGAACUUCUCAAAGUGCUGAACAGAUUUUACAAAAGGAAAGAGAUGCAGAAGCUUGCUGCUGAUCAGGGGCUCGAUGCCCGUCUCUUCCACCAAGCCUUUAUUAGUUUCAGGAAGUAUGUUCUGGAGAUGAACACACUUACUGCUGAUCUGCACAUUAUUCUUAGCGACAUCUGCUAUGGAGCAGGACACAUUGAUGAUAUUUUCCCAUACUUUAUGAGGCAUGCCAAACAGAUCUUUCCAAUGUUGGACUGCAUGGAUGACUUGCGCAAGAUUAGUGAUUUGCGUGUCCCAGUGAACUGGUAUCCUGAGGCCCGAGCUAUUCAGCGGAAGAUCAUUUUCCACGCAGGUCCCACUAACAGUGGUAAGACCUACCACGCCAUCCAGAGAUACCUGGAGGCAAAAUCUGGCGUUUACUGCGGUCCUCUCAAGCUGCUGGCCCACGAGAUCUUUGAAAAAAGUAACACUGCAGGUGUACCAUGUGAUCUGGUGACAGGAGAAGAGAGAACCUUUGUGGAUCCAGAGGGGAAACAAUCUAAUCAUGUAGCCUGUACGAUUGAAAUGUGCAGUGUUACAACUCCAUACGAAGUAGCAGUCAUCGAUGAGAUUCAGAUGAUCAGAGAUCCUGCCAGAGGAUGGGCCUGGACUAGAGCUCUGCUGGGUCUGUGUGCUGAGGAGAUCCAUGUGUGUGGAGAACCUGCAGCCAUUAACUUCAUCACUGAACUCAUGUUCACCACUGGUGAGGAGGUGGAGGUCCGUAAUUAUAAGCGGCUGACUCCGUUCUCUGUCUCGGACCAUGCAGUGGAGAAUUUGGACAACCUGAAGCCCGGCGACUGCAUCGUGUGUUUCAGCAAAAAUGACAUCUACUCAGUGAGCAGGCAGAUAGAGAUCCGAGGCCUGGAAUGUGCUGUUAUUUAUGGCAGUUUGCCACCUGGUACCAAGCUGGCUCAAGCAAAAAAGUUCAAUGAUCCAGAUGACCCCUGUAAGAUCCUCGUAGCUACCGAUGCAAUUGGAAUGGGUUUGAACUUGAGCAUCAGGAGAAUAAUAUUUAACUCCCUGGUGAAGCCCAGCGUGAAUGAGAAGGGGGAGAAAGAGAUGGACACCAUUUCCACCUCUCAGGCUCUGCAAAUCGCGGGCCGAGCAGGUCGCUUCAGUUCCAUGUUUAAAGAAGGAGAAGUGACCACUAUGCAUCGUGAUGAUCUGCCAGUGCUGAAGGAGAUCCUGAGCAGAUCUGUUGACCCUGUGGAGACUGCAGGUCUACACCCCACUGCAGAACAGAUAGAGAUGUUUGCUUAUCACCUUCCUGAAGCUACACUCUCCAAUCUCAUUGAUAUAUUUGUGAGCCUCUCACAAGUAGAUGGCCUUUACUUUGUCUGCAACAUCGACGACUUCAAGUUCCUGGCAGACAUGAUCCAGCACAUUCCGCUGAACCUGCGCUCUCGCUACGUCUUCUGUACAGCACCCAUUAACAAAAAACAGCCCUUCGUUUGCACAUCCUUCCUGAAGUUUGCUAGGCAGUUCAGCAGAGACGAGCCGUUGACUUUUGCCUGGGUGUGUCGACACAUCAACUGGCCACUGGUCCCUCCCAAAAAUAUCAAGGACCUUGUUCACCUGGAGGCUGUGCAUGAUGUACUGGACCUCUACCUUUGGCUCAGUUAUCGCUUCAUGGACAUGUUCCCUGAUGCCAGCCUUGUCCGUGAGAUCCAGCAGGAACUGGAUAGCAUCAUUCAGGUUGGAGUAAGAAACAUUACACGGCUCAUCCGUGCCACAGAAGCGCAAGGCACCAGUGCAGGUUCUUCGGCUGAAUCAAAAACCUCCCCGUUCCCUGGACUAAGACUGAGAAAAGCUCGGGGAUCCAAAUCCCAUGUUCACGGUAAACAGGACAUGAAGGGUGUGGACAGUUCACUCAGUGCUCGUCUGGUUCAGGAGGGUCUGCUCACACCAGAGCUCCUGCAGCAGCUGCAGAGGGAGUGGACAAGAGACCAGAAGCCCAGUGGACCUACAGGGACAAUUAUCAAAAAUAAGAAAAAGAAAUGAUGCAUUUGGUAUCGGUCUCACUUUUCUACAUUUAUAUAGAGGCUUAUUUAACAAAUAGUGUUCUGUUUAUCAGUCAAAUGUGGAUAUGAGUGUCUGUCAAGACCAAUUGAAACCAUAACUUCCAACUGGUGGUAUACAUGUGUGAAAGUCUAUGUGAGUGUGAAUGUGAGUCAACAUUUUACUAGAUUCCAAAUAAAACACACUACUAUUUUU